UGCAGUACUAAGAUGUAUCUUGUUUGUGAUUGGUCCACAGACGACACGUGAUCACCCAGCCCCUGAAGGCCAAGUCGUCCGCCACGACCAGCCGCACCCGCCGCCUCAUUGCAGCUGUGUGGGUGACGUCAGUGGUCCUCAGCGUGCCCAAACUCGUCGGACAGAGACUGAUCGCCCACGAGGUACCGUUUGAUGUGGAGGUGGUGUACCACUGUCAGAUGUCCUGGAACUCAACAGUGUUUCAACAGGUCUAUGCUGUGUACCUGAUGGUGGUGCUGUUUGUGGCCCCGGUGCUGGGCAUGCUGGUCUCUCACAUCCGGGCUAUCUACAACCUGCGGGGCGACAGCAAGGCAAACGGCGACUUCCUGACUGGGACCGGAGGAAAAGGCGGGAAGAGAGCUUCAAAAGCCCAGGUCACCAGGAUCCUGGUGGCAGUGGUGGUCCUGUACGCCAUUUUCUGGGGGCCGGUGUUGACCUUGAACCUGACCAUGAAGUUCGAUCUGGUGAGCCCGUACACCCAGGCCGUGUACGCCAUGCGGCUGGCCUUCACCCAGCUGUCCCUGCUGCACAGCUGCGUCAACCCCAUCGCUUACGCCUUCGUCUCGCGCAACUUCCGGCUGGGGCUGAGCCGCGCGCUGCGCUCCGUGCUGCCGCGCGGCCGGCAGGAGGACAGCACGUCCGGCGGAAGCCUGUCCGGGCACCAUCCCCCGCACCCGCACGGCUACUACAGACAGGUGCAGGACAACAUGUUCAACUUGUGGCUGUGGCAGGUGUCACGGCAGCUGCAGCAGCAUGGGGGAGCCAGUGCGACCGAACUCACCACGGUUUGAGUUUGUUGUAUCGAAGAAUAUCUAUGUUCGUGAUCUUUAACUUUAAGACUGGUCUAGUGGAAUG